CUUAUGUUAUGUUUUGUUUUGUGUGCUUAAUAGCUUUUUUAAGUAAUUCACAGAGCUGCUGUAGGAAACAUUCCGUCGUCUUUCACGAAUCCUUCACCACAUUCCGUCGUCUUUCACGAAUCCUUCACCUUCAUGAUCUUAUUAUGAAGUGACUGACUCCCAGUUAUACUUGCGCGCGCGGUAUGGCGGGCCGUUGUACGAUUUGACUAACCAGCAGCUUUGACUUACAAGAACAGUUGUCGAGGAUGGCUUCGUUUGUAACAGAAGUACUUGCCAGCUCGGGUAAACUGGAAAAAGACGAUCUCUCUUCUAAAAUUUCUAAACUGUCGCGGAAAGUGGAGGAAACUAAGGAGGAAGUGUCUGACAUGAUAAAUAAGAAAUACAACGAAUUUAUACCUAGUAUGGAGGCAGCUGAAGAACUCAUGGACCAGGUCGAAUCUGUAUCCAGGGAUAUCGAUCUUCUGAAAAGUUGCAUUGAGAAUGAGGUUCAGCAGAACCUUCAUGAGGCUGUAACAGAAUAUGCCAAGCUUAAGCAGCAGCUGGAAAAGAACAGUGCAGUCAUAAGCAUGCUCCAGCAUCUACAAGAGUUUGACACUGCAAUGGAGGAAUACCACAGGACUCUGCAGGAGAAGAAAUAUGAGGCAGCAGCCAAACAGCUUGGAAAGGCACAGGUCAGUGUUGAAGCCUUGAAAUCUUGGGAGAGUUCAGAUUUGCCUUUACUUCGGGCCCUCAGCUCAGAGAUCACCAUGCAGAGAGAGAACCUCAUUUACCACCUUGGAGAGGAGUGGAAGAAACUUGCAGUAUGGAAGUUGCCCCCUGCCAAAGAGCUGACUGGAAUGCAGUCUUUCCUGACAACAGCACUUCAUUUGGAUGGAGGAGGAUCUAAGGAGGACAAACCCAUUCCCUUUCUUUCCAGUAUACUCCAGGCCCUUGCUACCCAAGGAGAGCUGCAGACAAAAAUUAAACUAUUUGGCCAGGUGUUACUGAAGUACAUGCUGAAGCCUCUGAUCACAUACCCAUCUUUGCUGGUGGAGGUGGUUGAACAGCCAGAGCAGGGCACUGUUUUGAGCCUGCAGGGUGAAGAAAACCAAGUAGAGCACCCAGUCCCCUCCCACGUCUAUGCCAAAAUCCUUAUGGUGCUCAAGACCCUGCACACACACCUCUUUGAUAUAACUGUAGGUGAUAAAAAAGUGUCGACUAUACUGGGAGACCAGAUAUGGGAAGAGAUGUCAGACUGCAUCAUCAGGGAAUGUUUAUUGUACUCCAUACCAAAUAACAGUAGUCAGCUAGCAGCUUACGAUACGGUUAUCAAAGAAACUGAGGAUUUUGAAAGUCAGUUAAAAGAGAUGGAAUACCUUGCAGGAGACUCGACAGACCUCUUGAAAUAUGCAAGAAAUGUCAACUGCCAUUUUGCUAGCAAAAAGUGCCAAGAUGUCAUAGUUGCUGCGCGGAAACUAAUGACUUCAGAGAUGCACAAUACGGUUAAAAUCUGUCCUGACUACAAGCUUGCUAUCCCUAAACUGCCAAGCCCAUGUGGGGGGAACAGAGAGAAGCAGGAGGGGAAGAGGAACAUCCAGUGUGAUCAGAUCUUGGAGAAUGAGAAGCAGCUGAGCCCGCGCACUUUGUGCUUACCUGUGUGUCGCAUCAGUGAAUCAGUGCAGCAAUUGGUGGAGCUGGCUAUAAAAACCCUGUCUGAGGCAGUGGGCAGCUCCCCCCAGUGUGCUGUCCAGCUUUUCUACACAACCCGAAAUAUUUUUCAUCUCUUCUAUGAUGUCGUUCCUACUUAUCAUAAGGACAACCUCUUAAAGUUCCCUCACUUGGCUGCCAUCCACCACAACAACUGCAUGUUCCUUGCUCACCAUCUGCUGACUUUGGGCCACCAGUUCAGACCACAUCUACCCCUGAAAGAUGGCGUGGCCUAUUUUGUCGACUUGGUCCCAGGCUUUAGAAAACUGGGUGCUCAAUGUUUUGUGGCACAGAUGAAUGUUCAGAAAGCAGAGAUGUUGGAGAGACUGUGUACUGCUAGAAACUUCUCUAAUUUGGAUGAUGAAGACAAUUACUCUGCAGCCAGCAAGGCAGUUAGACAAGUGAUUCAUCAGCUAAAGAGACUGGGAAAAGUCUGGCAAGAUGUUUUACCAGUAAACAUAUACUGCAAAUCCAUGGGAACACUCUUGAAUACAGCAAUAUCUGAGCUAAUGACCAAAAUCAUGAUGUUGGAGGAUAUAUCAACUGAAGAUGGAGAGCGUCUGCACACACUCUGUCAGACCAUCAUAGAGGAGGGGCCAUUAGUUUUUACACCAUGGCCAGAGGAGACAAAAAACAAGAAAUACCAAGAGGAGGUUCCAAUCUAUGUGAAGAAGUGGAUGACCUUUAAAGAACUUUCCAUAGUACUGCAGGCUAGUCUACAAGAGAUAGUGGACAGGUGGGCUGAAGGGAAAGGACCUCUUGCCCAGGAAUUCUCCAGUAAUGAAAUGAAGAGUCUGAUUCGAGCUCUGUUCCAGAACACAGAUCGGCGAGCAUUAGCCCUCAAUAAAAUCAAGUAGACGCCAAUUAUCUUUGCUCUUGAUAACUGACCACAUCGCUAUAUAGCUGCUCUUCCUCGUUUGAUGGAUUUAAUUUUUUCUAUUUUUUAUGCUUUAAAGUAUAAAAAAAUAAAUGCAUUAACUGAAUAGUGUCAAUACUGAAAUAUGCAUGAUUGUUGGAGUGGAUGGUUAUUUUUUAUUGGGAAAUAUUUGUGCUAGUUUUUAUUGACCGUUACAUAUGCAACACUAAAAUAUGUGCCCUCUAUUGUAGGGUAUUGCUUUUUUUCUUUUUGCAAUCACAGUUAAAUGUAUCUAAUCUACCAAAGAAGGCUCCUUGUGGGGAGGCGGGAGGGAACUUUGGUGUAGUGUCCUGAUCCUGUUUCAUAAACGGAAUUGGGCUCGGUUUCCCAAAUGUCAUUAAACCAGCGAAAUACAGAAAUAAACCUCUCAACUAUCUCGCA